AGGCAAUCAUAUGAUAGGCGGCCAAACCGCGAUCGUCUGCCCAGGAUUCGACACCAGAACCAGCCACCAGCUCGGCGGAGGACGUGACACAGUGCCAGGACCAGGACCAGACCCAGGAUCACAAUGUCUCAGACGGAUACCCCCGAAUACGCCCCCUUCUUCGGCAGCAUGGGCGCCGCCUCUGCCAUCAUAUUUAGCGCUCUGGGGGCGGCCUACGGGACUGCCAAGUCCGGCACCGGUAUCGCAGCCAUGUCUGUGAUGAGGCCGGAGAACAUCAUGAAGUCCAUCAUCCCCGUCGUCAUGGCGGGUAUCAUCGCCAUCUAUGGACUGGUGGUGGCCGUCCUCAUCGCUGGCCAGCUCACGGUCGGCCAGUACACCAUCUUUAAGGGGCUGGUUCACUUGGGUGCUGGACUGGCAGUAGGGUUCAGUGGGUUGGCAGCAGGGUUUGCCAUCGGCGUCGUUGGGGACUCGGGAGUACGAGGCACAGCGCAGCAGCCUAGAUUAUUCGUCGGCAUGAUCCUCAUCCUCAUUUUUGCUGAGGUACUCGGGCUCUACGGGCUGAUCGUGGCCAUCUACUUGUUCACCAAGUCCCAGUCGUAGGAUCUGCUCGCACUCUCGCUCUUCAUUUCCUCAAAUGUAUCAUAUUGUAUAUAUGUUGAGGGGAUAGUAAACAAUAUGAUCUGCGUGUUCACAGGUACUCGGGCUCUACGGGCUGAUCGUGGCCAUCUACUUGUUCACCAAGUCCCAGUCGUAGGAUCUGCUCGCACUCUCGCUCUUCAUUUCCUCAAAUGUAUCAUAUUGUAUAGUAUUAGAAUUGUUAAUAAACUCAUACUAAAUCAUUCUGUUUGAGCUGCGAUGAUCACUGUUUUGUUUUGAUGUUUUUAAGAUUAUAAAAUUUUCAGCCGUCUUGUCUUCAAAUUCUUUUUUACAUCUAGAAUUUUUAAGCAAGUUCAGAAGUCAAUGAUGUAGUUGUUAAUGACCUUGCUAAAUAUUCGUUAACGAUAAUCAUCAUUUCGUUUUGAAAUUUCUGUUUUCAAUUAUCUUGGCAAUACAUUUUGAAGUCCAGUGUAAGUUUGUUUGUCCUUAAUUUCGUUUACAUAAAUUAUCCACUUCGGCCACCUAAAUUUGACAUAUUACCAUGAAAACAGUCAGUGCCACCUUUUUGUUGGAAACAUAACCUCAAAAUACAUUCAUGUAACUUGGGAUUGUGUACCUUAGCAACUGGGAGUGUUCAAUGCACUUUGUGGUGAUCUGUGAAACACUAAGUACUUGAAGUGGGUGAUUUAUGUAAACUAAAUAGAGAUCAGACAAAUUUACACUGGACUUCGAAAUGUAUGAGUACUUCUGCGUAUUCAAACAGAUGUAACACGUUACGUCUCAUUGUUUAAUAUUUUCUCUAUUAGUCAGUUGCAUAUCAAAAUAAUGACAAAAACCAAUAAAAUAAGACGUAAAUUUUGAUUUUGCCUAUAUACGGAGAAGUACUGCAAGUUAAAAUCAUCCAAAAUCGUUAUUCUUAAUCAAUAAUUUUACCAUCAUUAGUGUUACGUAAUCGUUCUAAUUCACACGUACCAAGCGUAUUUCUUAAUAGUGUUAUUUAUAGUAUAUACCAUAUAAACUAUUUCAAUAGGUUUUCUAUAGUAAAAUAUUAUUUUUAAGCUGAAAUUUCAAACAUCAGAAAUUUGACAACGGUUAAAGAGUUAAGUCAAAUAUGUUUGAAAAAGUUCAUUUACCCUGAGUUUGCAUUUUCACGCUUCUUCAGCAUUCCUUAUAAUCAACCAUAUUGUAUUAGUGCCAUUUAACAUUAUAAUAAAACCUUUCUUCAGCUA